GGGAAAAUUCGGCUGAGGAGGAAGAGCAGCAGCAGCACAAGACAAGAAACACAGACAGCCAUGACAAGGACGAGUGGCCUGCUAUGGAAAACGCCAUGGCGCAUGUCGCAGAACCGCAAGUUCAGACAACGAGAACGACUCCGCGCCGUAGACACAGUCAUCACGACUCUCCACGAUUCACUCGGUGCAGCAGGCGAGACGUGUAAAGCACUGAGUCGAGCGGUAGCGGAAAAUAUACCAGAAUCGGAGAUGCUGCCAAAGAAUAAGUAUACGGUGUUUGCGCGUGGCUCUGAGGGAUACCGGAAGGGCGUACAUAAGGUGCCGAAGUUUACACGGAUUAGUACGCCGAGAGAAGGCCCGCGUGGGUUCUGAGAUGCUUGGCGGGUAUGUGUGUUCUAAUGCAGUUUAUGAAAGCGUAGCAUUCAAAGGUUGAUUGUGCUUCCUGUGGUC